AUGGGAAUCGAGUCUAAUGCUGCCGACCUGUGUCCUGACACAAAGGCCAAGGUACAACUGAAGGACAUCUACCCUGAAUAUCUCUUUCCUCACUCCCCAGAAUCUAAGCCGAGGGACACUGUGAUGUUCACAACAGACAUCUUGAAGAGUCAAGGAAACAGCACCAUCAAAAUAACACAUACUCUGCACUAUGACCUCAUGGCUUUGUCUCAGGAGGGGUCAAGGGAGUCCCAAUUCAGAGCCCUGGGAUACAUUGACGAUGUGCUCUUCCUGUGCCGUGAUGGCUACAGGAGAAGAGCAGAACCCUGGGGGCCUAGGAUCAAGAGACAAGGAGGAGCUGAGAUCUGGACAAGAGAGACUGAGGACAUGCAGGAGAAGGAGGAGCAACUCAGGAGGAUGCUGACUGAGGUCAUGACCCAGAAGGGCCAGCGUGGAGGCAUUCACACCCUUCAGGCAACUUUUGGCUGUGAAACCCAAGGAAACAACACUGGAGGCUUCUGGCGCUUGGGCUAUGACGGGCAAGACUUCCUCACCUUUGACCAGAAGAGCCCAACAUGGAAAGUGUCCGUGCCUUCAGCACACUCAUCCAAGACCUUCUGGGAGAGACAUGGCCCCAGUGUGGAACAAGUUCAGACUUUUCUGAAUGACAUAUGUCCUGACCGUCUCCAGAGAUAUUCGAUUUAUUUGGGGAGCCAAUUGAUGGAUACAGGUCCUCCGAAGGUGACAGUGUCCAGAAGGCCAUACCCAGUGGGCAGGAUCACCCUGAUGUGCCGGGCUUUUAAUCUGUAUCCUGCUGUGGCCACCCUGGCCUGGCUUCAGCAUGGGAAGCCGGCACAGCAGCAUACCUUUGGGCCUGGGACCAUCCUGCCCAGCGGAAAUGAGACCUUCCAGACCUGGGUGUCUGUUUGGGUUCUUCCUGGACAGGAACCACAGUUCACCUGUCGCCUGAGGCACCGCAGCAAGAACAUUGAGGUCCCUACACUCCUUGGUGAGAAAAUAGGGCAAGCAUCCCCUAAGAGUGUGGGAGGCGUGGUCGGGAAGCCCCUGUGGAGUACAAUCACUACAGCUUUUGUUGUGACUUCCAGAACCUCAAGCCAGGAAAACUGGUGGAGCCACCAGCUCAGUUUCUGCUCUUGUGGCUUCUGCUUUUCCUGCCGUGUUGGUAUUUCUAGGCCGGGCCUAGAGCAGCAAGAACACACAGGACAGCAAGAGACCAGGUGAGCAUCCCUGCAGGGUGUGAAAGAGAGUGACAGGCCUUUUCUUCUCUUUGUAAAUUGUACAGGUAGAAAGGUAGUCACAUAAGCGACUUUUUGCCCCACUGGUGAAGGGAAGGACCCCAGGAGCCACCAUUAACCUAUUAACCUCCCCCGCUGUUGGGAGGCAGCGCCCCCUGGUGGAUGUACGGUGCUGCUUCCCAUGUGUUCUUAGAUACAUUAGGAAACACAGGGGCAGGAAAGCAGGCAGGACACUCACAGCUAAGUCCAGAUCGUGGCAAACCAGAAAUGUUCCCGUCUCUUCAGCAAAUACACAGGAUGCAUAGAGCCAAACAAUACAGAGGGAGACUUGGUAGCCCAAAAGAUGAUUGAGAGGCAGGCAAUUCACCCGAUGAUGAUGAUGUCUAUUCCAAUUAGCAUCUUGAUUCAAACAUGGAAACUUCUCCUCAAAAGAUAUUCAUGAAUCAUCUGGUUGAGACAGUGUAUGUAUACAUAAGU